CAUGGCGUCCAUCAGAAGCGUCAUUGACUUCAAUCGGGAAUUUCCAACUAAAACAGUUGAUCAUUUGCCACCAUCUGGACCACAACAGCAAACAAAUUGCCAAAAAGGAUUUUAUUACCGUGGUAGCCUUUUUCCUUCACCCAUAAACAAAAUAUGUCAGUUAACAAAGGUACAAAGUGCAUCAACUUUGAGUUGUCCUGGGUCAGAAGUUGAAAGGAAUAAUUAUGUACGGUCCACUUCAAGCGAGGAAGCAUGCCCUGUACGUUUUAGCAAUACAACCAAGUCACCAGAUGCACUGGAUGAUUCGUGGGCAAAGCCUACUCAGUUUGCUACCAAACCACGAAGAAUACAGAGUGCAAAGGCAGUUUUAGUAAGACAUGGUGAUAACACGAAUAUGCAGGACAAAAAUGGAGGUGUUUCAGUGGUUAACAUGAAUAUGAAUUCUGAUAUUCCAUCACCCCCAGUGGUUUCAAAACGGAUUCGCCCAAGCAGUGCUGUAAUAUUACCAAGUCAGAAAAGACAUUUCAUUUGGGAGAAGUCAGUUAGUCGACCUUCAUCUGCCAGGAAGGCGUCUACUGGUACUGAAAGCCAAGGAUCAGAAACAGAAAAUAAGAAUAUGGAGACUGUUGACAAUACAGUGAAGCCAUCCGUAUAUGGACUGAAAUUUAAAAGACAAAUAUACGGAAGUGAUCCAAAUAUUUUUGCUAGCAGUCAAAAACCAUUGUCAAAUAUGUCUCCUUAUGUUUUGUCAAAUAUGGUGACUGAAGAAACAGGACAAGGCGAAGAUGAAAGUAAAAGACCGAUUCCACAGAGUCUGGAGCCACUGAGGCCGUGGCUUAUGACAAGUAUUGCACAGGAACUUCUUUGUCUGGAUCCGCUCAGCUGUCUAGUUUUCCUGCCAUCUCUCACCACCGACUUUGAGGAUCUGCCAGUUGUUCCAGCACCACAAGAUCCAGACGAGGAACUGGCGCAAUAUGGGCCACUGCCACCAAAACCCAUAGUUGUUAAAAAGUACAGCCAUCCAUUUGUGCCAAAGUCUUUCGAGCAUGUUUGUAACCACAGAAAAACAAUGAGCCAAAUCUGUGCCCUUGAUGGAACAGUUUUACACCAGAGAUACCAGGGUAUCAGAACAUCCAAUAUUAUUAGAAAAGAAAUUCUUGAACUGGAGAAUUUAAUGAGAGGUAUUGGUAGUCAUGACAGCAGUUGCAUGAUGGUACAGUACCAAGCUGAUAUCACUCAGCUCCAGCAGAUGGUGGACGAUACUCUUGCCAAAGUACCAGAAAGACUAAAGAAUAUUCCUGAGCCAGCUGACUCAUUUGGUGUUCGCAAGUUCUGCAGAGACCAUGACGUUAUAAUGAAGCAGAUUCGAGAGGAACAUGAUUCUUGCAUCAAGGAACUUGCGCUGCUUGAAGCUGAGAUAAACAUAGAUGACGACUUGCGACACUUCUGUAAACAGGAGGUGCACAUCAAUGUGCCAUUCAGAACAUGAAUAAUAAUCCUAGACAAAAUCAGACUGUGUUCAGAUCAGAAUUAGUAUUUGCUCAGUACUGCUUGAUAGAAUUUGUAGUUAGAUAGGGGCUGUCCUUGACUGAGAUACUCAGGUAUACAUUUUCGAGUAUACCAAUACAUUACUCAUUAAUAUUUGGGAAAGGAAAGGAAUAUAUGUGUAAUGAACCUUCAGCACAUUUUAAAUUACAGCUGUUUGGAGUUUAACAUGUUAUUUCAGCACACUUUUCUAUAUUGACAUUCAGUGUAUUUAGUUCUAGAAUAAAAUGGUUCACAAGGUAACCGAUUGGCAGUUCAUGUGACUUUAAAAUUGCUUAACCGACAUGCAAACUUCUUGCUGUUAGGAUAAGUAUUUGGGAGUAUAUUAGAGUUUCUUGUUCAAGGACAGCCAUGUGUAUAUUAUUUAUUGGGGUGAGGGAUGUCUUUUUCUAUUUUGGUGCUAGUUUAUGAGAUUAGUUACUUUUGUUAUGUUGGUGCUAGUUUAUGAAAAAUGAAAUAUUUUUUUUAUGUACAUUUGGAGAAAUCCAGUCAAUUAAUUUUUUAUGUUGCUAUUAUUAUAUUAAGUUUAUGAAAAAACAGCUGUUGCCACACUUUACAUUCCUACUAAAUAACAGCAAAGAAUCUUAUAUGCAUUGACAUCCAAUAGCCGAUGAUUAAUUAAUCAAUGUGCUCUAGUGGUGUCGUAAAACAAAACAAAUUUUACAAACUUUGAAUUAUAAACAAGACAGCACUGACCAUGAUCUUUGAAGUCAUGGAGCAGCUCUAAGAAUGGGGGAAAAUCCUGAUUGGUUGACGGAGGGAUGUCGAUCAUACAAGGCAAACACUGUGUCUCCGAGUCGCACGCCUUCCCUCCCCUAUCCUCCCUCUAUCUAGCAGAGCACCAGUGAGUAAUGCUUGGUCAAAUUGGCUGCUGUUUUUACUCAUCAGUUAGCUGACCCUGCACUUCCCCUUUUCUGGGGGCGGAACAUAGUCCAAUGGUAAAGCGUUCGCUUGAUGCACAGUCGGUCUGGGAUCGAUUCCCAUCGGUGGGCACAUUGGGUUAUUUGUCGUUCCAGCCAGUGCACCAUGACUGGUAUAUCAAA